GUUUUUGGUAAGACAAUCAGCUAUUGCAAAUACGAUGGAAACCUUUUUUUUAUUAUUAAACCUCGCACUGUUGGCUACGUUCGAAGUUUUUAAAAGAAGUGGGAAGAAAGCUUGUUUACAGUUUCUGAAAGUUCAAGUCUCACUCACGGUUCAACUUGGUUGAGUUGACUCCAACUUUUUUGAGAAAUUUACUUAUAUCUCAACGUAAGACGGAACGUUGCUUUUUUGGUUUUAAAAGACUCUUUUCCUUGUUCUCGGGUGUUUUUUGAAGUCCUGUUCACCACAAAGUUGGCUUGAGUAUUUUCUAUCAUCCUUCGAGUGCCUUGUAGUUUUCUGACUGUUUUUAGCGUUUUUAACAAUGAAUGGUGCUAGUGGCAAUGUCUUUCAAAACCAAACGUUCCUUUAGCCUUUUCAAUUUUGUGCUUGACAUUCGUCACCAGUACUCGUUGAAUAUACGUUGCAAAACAGCCUGAGAAUAAAAACUCUGGAAAGUCUUUCUAUCUUAUAUAGAAAGCAGUUUGCUAUGCAUCUAGAUUCUAACAAUUGUUUACAGCUACAGAACUAUUGACGGAUGGAGUUGUUGGAAUAUUUAGAAACUUUGUUAAAACUGAGAGAAACUGCGCAACAGGAGUCGUAAACAGCAUUGUUGUCCAUCCAAAUAAAUAUAAAGUGAACAGAUGAAUUAUUUUUAUCGCACAUGUCUCGUCCACCACCUUUAAAGCCGAUUCGUUCAGUUGGUGAGUCUGAAUCAAACUUUUCUAAACACAGUUUGCUACAACCCAUUAUUGAAGAGAAAAAUAGCCGAAAUAAUAGUUUUGCAAGUGGCACCCAUUUUCUUGCUGAAGACAAUCAGCGCUUAAGUGAGUUGUCACCGCUGCCGUGGAAUGAUUAUUUUCGAACGCGUACCUUGGUUUUACCUGAAAAUUGCAAAGGUAUUGGCUUUCGCGUGUAUGCUACAGGAUCUUUAACAGAAUUGUUGUUGGCUCAAUCUACCGUUUCUUCGCAGACAGAUGAAACGAGUAGUUUAUAUACUUCUCAUCGAGCUGCAAGUUCCUUUAAACAACCUCUUUUGAUGCUCUUUCACGGGGGAGGAUAUUCAGCUCUGAGUUUUGGGUUACUUGUGAAAUAUUUGGUUCAGAAGUUACCCAAUCCUGAGUCUUUGUCUGUUCUUGCUUUUGAUGCCAGAGGCCACGGGGAGACUGAUGUGGAGAAUGAGCAGAACCUUUCUGCUGAACAACAGGUUCAAGACGCUCUGGACUUACUGAAGAGUAUAUUCGGAAAACUUGACUCUGAUUUACCUCCAAUUGUUUUGGCAGGACAUAGUAUGGGCGGUGCUAUUGCCGUACGUGUUGGUGCAUCUGGACAGAUACCAACUUUGUGUGGUCUUAUUGUUAUAGAUGUUGUUGAAGGAACAGCGAUGGCAUCUCUGCCUCAUAUGCAGACUGUUUUGAUGAAAAGACCCAAAUCCUUUUCAUCCGUGGAAAAAGCCAUUCUAUACUCGUUGGAAACUGGUCAAACCAAGUCAAGAGAAUCUUGUCGCUUGUCACUACCUUCACAGUUAAGGUGGAAUGAGGACGAAAAGUGCUAUUCCUGGAGGACCAAUCUUGAGGAAAGUGAGUGCUACUGGAAGAGCUGGUUUGAAAAUUUGUCGCCAACUUUUCUUAAGAUUGCUGUUCCAAAGUUGCUGAUAUUGGCAGGUCAAGAUAGAUUGGAUAAGCCUUUAACUAUUGCGCAAAUGCAAGGGCAGUUUCAAUUGAGUGUGGUUCGUGAUAGUGGUCACAAUUUGCAUGAAGAUCAACCAGAAGGUACUGCUCAAAUAUUUGUAGAGUUUCUACGAAGACAUUCUAUAAUUAACUAGUUUGCUGCUUGUAUAAUUAUUUCU